CUGCGGGCAGGUGGCGGCGGCGGCGGCGUUGGCGGAGGCGACGGUUCCGGCCACGGAGCUGCUGCGACAGUGGCAUCCAUGAUUGGGGAAGGAUAGUGGCCUCCGACCCACCAACCAUGAGUCUACUCAGGCCUAGUGGGCUCAAGGCCCCCACCAGGAUCCUCAAGCCUGGGAGCUCGGCCCUGAAGGCACCCACAGCAGUCGCUGCUGCUGUGGAGAAAACUGUGGCUAGUGAGAAGGCCCCCAGCACGCCACCCACGGGGCCACAAGAGGACUUCGUGGAUGACUUCCGUGUCGGGGAGCGGGUCUGGGUUAAUGGGAACAAGCCAGGCUUCAUCCAGUUCCUCGGAGAGACCCAGUUCGCCCCUGGCCAGUGGGCCGGGAUCGUCCUGGACGAGCCCAUCGGCAAGAACGAUGGCUCGGUGGCGGGGGUGCGCUACUUCCAGUGUGAGCCCCUGAAGGGCAUCUUCACCCGCCCGUCCAAGCUCAGCCGCUCGGCGCAGGCCGAGGACGAGGCCAAUGGCUUGCAGGGAACACCUGCCUCCAGGGCCGCUUCGCCGCUCACCUCCACCCCCGGCCCCCCGAAGACGGCCCAGCCCACCGCUGCACAGCCUCACAUUAGCAACCUCAGCAAAACAGCCAGUGAGUCCGUCUCCAACCUCUCUGAGGCCGGCUCGGUCAAGAAAGGGGAGCGAGAGCUCAAAAUCGGGGACCGAGUGCUGGUUGGCGGCACGAAGGCUGGUGUGGUGCGCUUCCUCGGGGAGACGGACUUUGCCAAGGGCGAAUGGUGUGGCGUGGAGCUGGACGAGCCUCUGGGCAAGAACGAUGGUGCUGUGGCCGGAACAAGGUAUUUCCACUGUCAGCCCAAGUACGGCCUGUUCGCUCCGGACCACAAAGUCACCAAGAUCGGCUUCCCCUCCACCACGCCGGCCAAGGCCAAGGCCGCAGCUGUGCGACGCGUGAUGGCUUCAGGCCAGGCCAUGAAGCGCAGCCCGUCCGCCUCCUCCCUCAGCUCCGUGAGCUCCGUGGCCUCAUCCGUGAGCAGCAAACCCAGCCGGACCGGACUCUUGACAGAAACCUCCUCUCGCUACGCCCGCAAGAUUUCGGGCACCACGGCGCUCCAGGAGGCGCUGAAGGAGAAGCAGCAGCACAUCGAGCAGCUGCUGGCUGAGCGGGACCUGGAGCGGGCGGAGGUGGCCAAGGCCACUAGCCACGUGGGGGAGAUGGAGCAGGAGCUCGCCCUGGCCCGGGAUGGGCACGACCAGCAUGUCCUGGAGCUGGAGGCGAAAAUGGACCAGCUGCGGACAAUGGUGGAGGCGGCAGACAGGGAGAAAGUGGAGCUGCUUAACCAGCUGGAGGAGGAGAAAAGGAAGGUGGAGGACCUUCAGUUUCGAGUGGAGGAGGAGUCGAUCACCAAAGGUGACCUGGAGGUGGCCACCGUCUCUGAAAAGUCCCGAAUCAUGGAGCUGGAGAAAGACCUGGCAUUGCGGGCGCAGGAAGCCGCCGAGCUCCGGAGACGGCUGGAGUCCAACAGGCCAUCGGGAGACGUGGACACGUCGCUCUCCCUGCUGCAGGAGAUCAGCUCCCUGCAGGAGCAGCUGAACGGAGCCCGCACCGACCACCAGCGGGAGGUGGCCCAACUCAGGGAGCAGCUGGGGGGCCGUGAGGAUGCCCACCGGCAGGAGAUGCAGGCCCUGCAGGCCACCACCGACAAGCUGUCCAGGGAGAAUGAGUCCCUGAGGAGCAAGCUGGAGCGGGCCGACCAGGAGAACUCGGACGUGAUCACGCUGUGGAAGUCCAGGCUGGACACGGCCAUUGCGUCCCACCAGCAGGCCAUGGGCGAGCUCAAGGCCUCCUUCAGCCGGGGCCUGGGCGCCGCUGCCGCUGACACAGCCGGGACGAGGCUGGGGGACCAGCAGGACCCCGAGCUGGGAGAACUCCAGGCCCAGCUGCGCCAGGUCCUCCAGGAGAAGGAGAGUGGCCUGGAGGUCGCCCGGGCGAAGCUGGACCAGGCAGAGGAGCAGCACCUGGUGGAGAUGGAGGACGCCUUGAACAAGCUGCAGGAGGCUGAGGCGAAGGUAAAGGAACUGGAGGCGCUGCACGCCCCAUGUGGCCAGCAAGGCCAGGCCGUGGCUGAGCUCACGGCGCAGCUCCGGGCCGCAGAAGAGAAGCUCUCACAGUUCCAGGAGGCCCAAAACGAAGGUAAAUCAGAAACAGAGGUGCUGAGGCAGCAGUUGCAGGCAGCCGAGCGACAGAUUCAGGACUUAGAGGAGGCCAAGCGGGCUGAGAGUGACAAGGCCAGUAGUGCUGCCAGCGAGCUGCAGGGGAAGGAGUUAGCCCUUAGUCACCUGCAGGAGAGCCUGGGGGAAGCAAGUCGAGUCAAAGAGGCCCUGGAGAAAGAGCUUCAGGCUCUGAAAGAGAAGUUUGCCGAGGCUUCCGAAGAGGCGGGCUCUGUUCAGACAAAGAUGCAAGAGACCAUCAGCAAGUUACACCAAAAAGAGGAGCAGUUCACCGCACUGUCUUCGGAGCUGGGGAAGUUGCAGGAGACGUUGACAGGUAUGGAGGCCAAAUUCAAAGAGAGAGAUGAGCGAGAAGAGCAGCUGCUAAAGGCGAAGACCAAGUUGGAGAACGAGAUUGCAGAGAUCAUGAAAAUGUCGGGGGACAGUUCCUCUCAGCUGUCAAGGUUGAAUGACGAGCUACGCCUGAAAGAAAGGUGUGUGCAAGAGUUAGAAGUCAAGCUGACGAAGGCCACCGAAAAUGCAAGUGUCUUGCAAAAGAAUCUGGGGGAGGUGACCGUCCGAGCUGAGCAGAGCCAGCAGGAAGCAGCUCGGAAGCACGAGGACGAGAAGCAAGAGCUACACAAGCAACUGUCCGAUCUGGAGCAGAAGGUGGAAAGCAGCCUUGGCCAGUGCCAGGCUCUGCAGGCCAAGUACGAGGAGGCCAGUUCUGAGAGCAAGGCCCGGCAUGAGGAGGCCCUGCGGGUGCAGAAGCUGCUGCUGGAGGCCGAGGAAAGGCUGCGGAUGGCGCAGGCGGAGAACGGCCAGUUGCUGCAGGAGAUGGUGGAGCUCCGAAAACAGGCCGACAAAGCCAAAUCGCUAACAUACUUAUUAACAUCUGCCAAAAAAGAAAUUGAGCUUAUGUCGGAGGAGCUGAGGGUUCUGAGGUCCCAGAAGCAGCUGCUAGAGCAGGAGGGAGCCGGUCUCAAGGUGGAGCAAGGCUCGCUCUUGGCCAAGCUGGUGGAGGUGGAGGCCAGGACCUCUCUGCUCCAGGAAGACCACAAGAAUCUUCGGCUUGCACACCAGAUGCUCCGCCUGGACCAGGAGAAAACCCUGGAGGCCAAGCUGGCUGCCGAGAAACUCUACCGGCAGGAGCGGCUUGGGAAGGAAGCGCUGGCAGCGGAGAGGGAGAAGCUGCGGGUUGAGGCCGGAGCCAUGCGGGAGGAGUUGCUGAGGCUCCAUGCAGAGAACGAGGCACUGCAGGAGGCCCAGAUGGGGCUGAAGGCACAGGUGGACGAGGCCCAGCUCAGCGAGAGCAGUUUGAUGGCUAAAUUUCAGAAGGGCCGCGAGGACCGGGACCGCCUGCAGGAAUCAGUCCAGAAGUUGAUUCUGGAGAACAAGGCCCUGGCCCAAGCCAAGGACGAAGCCAUCCGGGAGCUGCGGGGCUCCUACGAGGAGCUUGCCCGCGCCCAGAAGGCCCUCAUGCAGGAGGUGGAAGAGCUGACGACUGAGAAAAAAUCGGCCCUGGAGAAGCAGCUGAACCUCGACAACCUCUGCGUGGCCCUGACGCUGGAGCGUGACACUCUGGCCCAGAGCCACAAGGCCCUGCAGUUGGAGAAGGAGCGGGCGCAGAAGGAGCAGGAGCAGCUGCAGGCCAGCCUGGAUGCAGCCUUGCAGGCCAAGCAGCUGCUGAGCGCCCAGGCCGGCCACCUUCGCUCACAGUUGGAUGAGGCGGCCACCACCGUGCAUAAGACCGAGCUGGAGGUGCUCCAGGCACAGGCGGCCAACACCGGCCUCACACGGCUGCUGGAGCAGCUCCAGGCCAGCCGGGAGGUCUCGACCUCCGAGUGCCUCCAGCUCCUGCAUGACAAGGAGACGCUGACGGUGGCGGAGAGGAGGCUGGCAGCCGAGAGGAAAGAGCUGCUGGGCCAGAACAGCCGCCUGGCCGAGGAACUGCGCCGGCGCUCGGAAGAGGCGGCCCAUGUGGAGCGGAACCUGCAGGAGAGGCUCGACUUGCUCAGCUCCGAGCAGGAGCAGGCGAGCCAGAAGGCGGCAACGUUGCGCCGGCAGCAUGAGGCCCUCCUGCAGGAGAAGGCGGCCCUGGAAAGGAAGCUCAGCGACUUGCUGGCCCAAACGGAGGAGUCGGCCCAGGCCCUGGAGAAUGUCACGAAGAAACACGAGGAGGAGGCGGCCAGCCGGAGGCUCCUGGCCCAGGAGAAGACGCAGCUGCUGGGGGAGCUGGACACCCUCAAACAAGAGCUCCAGGAGCUGGCGGCUGGCAAGGGCGACCUGGCGCUGCUGCUGUUGGAGGCGCAGAGCGCCCGGAAGAGCUUGGAGAAGGAGCAGGCAGGCCUGCAGCAGGCUCAUGAGGCCCUCAGUGUUGAGUUGCAGACUUGCCGCGCCGAGAAGAAUGUGCUGCUACGGGACAACCUGAACCUCCAGGGCCAGUACGAGCAGCUCCAGGAGGAGAGCCGUGCCGCCCAGCAGGCCCUAGCAUCGGAGCUGGACACUCACGCCGCCCAGAGCGAAGCCUCAUCUCGCGAGGUGGGCCGGCUGCAGGGCAGAAUGGUGCAGCUGGAGCAGGAGCUGGAGCAGCUGCAGGCCCGGUCCCAGGGGCUGCAGGCGGACAACGUGGAGCUCACCCAGGAGAAAUCCUGCGCCGAUCAGAAGGCGGCCCAGAUGCUGGAGGAGAAGGAGCUCCUGAGAGCCGAGGCCGCCCGCCUGGCAGCCAACAUCGACACCCUGAAAAGCGAUUUCGCAGCUCUGUCUCAGUCCAAGGCAGAGCUGCAGGGCCUGCACAGCUGCCUCACCCAGAUCCUGCAGGACCUGAGGCGGCAGCAUGAGGCCACAGCGGCCGAGCGCACCCAGGCCGUGCAGGAGAGCAAGAGGCUGCUGGCUGCGACGCGGGAGCUGCAGCAGGAGAAGGAGGCGCUGGCCCAGAGCUACUUUCUCCUGCAGAAGGAGAUGAGCCAGCUGGCCGCCACCAACAGCCACGUGUCGGCCCAGCUCCUGGAGGCCCAGAAGGAGAACCGUGUCCUGCGGAAGGACCGGAGUAAACUCACGGGGAAACUUGGGGAGCUCCAGGCGCUGCAGUCGCUCACGGCUGUGCAGACGGCGGAAGACACCAAGCAGAUCAUGGAGCAGAUGACUAAGGAGAAGUCAGAGACAUUGGCCUCUUUGGAGGACAGCAAACUCACAAACGAGAAACUCCAGAGCGAAUUGGACACUCUCAAAGAAAACAACUUGAAGAACGUGGAAGAGUUGAACAAAUCGAAAGAGCUUCUGACUGUAGAGAAUCAAAAAAUGGAGACAUUCAAGAAAGAAAUAGAGGCCCUGAAGCAGGCGGCUGCCCAGAAGGCUCAGCAGCUCUCCGCGCUGCAGGAAGAAAAUGUGAAACUUACUGAGGAAUUGGGGCGUAGCCGAGACCAAGUCACGAGUCAGCAAAAGCUGGAAGAAGAGAGAUCCGUGCUCAACAACCAACUGCUAGAAAUGAAAAAGAGAGAAUCCGAGUUAAUAAAAGACUCCGAGGAAGAGAAAGCUUCCCUGCAGAAAUCCAUCAGUAUUACCAGUGCUUUGCUCACGGAGAAAGACGCGGAGUUGGAGAAACUGAGGAAUGAGGUGUCAGUGCUCAGGGGAGAGACGGCUUCUGCCAAGUCCUUGCAUCUCGUGGUCCAGUCUCUCGAGUCGGAUAAGGUGAAGCUCGAGCUCAAGGUCAAAAGCCUGGAGCUUCAACUCAAAGAGAACAAGAGGCAGCUUCAGAGCUCGACAGGUAAUACCGAUACGAAGGCAGAAGAGGAUGAAAGAGCCCAGGAAAAUCAGAUUGAUUUCCUGAAUUCCGUUAUCGUGGACCUCCAAAGAAAGAAUCAGGACCUAAAGAUGAAAGUGGAGAUGAUGUCCGAAGCGGCCCUCAAUGGAGCAGGGGACGACCUCAACAAUUACGACAGUGAUGACCAGGAAAAACUGUCCAAAAAGAAACCACGUCUCUUCUGUGACAUCUGCGAUUGCUUCGAUCUGCACGACACGGAGGACUGCCCCACGCAGGCACAGGUGGCCGAGGACCCCCCACAUUCCACACACCGGGGCAGCCGCAGCGAGGAGCGGCCCUACUGCGACAUCUGCGAAAUGUUUGGGCACUGGCCCAGCAACUGCAACGACGACGAGACCUUUUGAGGGGUCCCCACGAGGAGAUCUAGGGGUUCUCC